AUGGCAGAUGACACUGAGACCUAUUGCAUCAAGGGUCUUCCCCGACCUGAUGAUGCCAAAACACGCACUCGGGAGACUCAAGAUGGCACGGGCAUUCCUUAUGUUGAGAACCUACCUGUUCGCUACGAAAUCUCUAAGCUUGCAGGUUCCAACGACCCCAUGCUUCGAAGGCAGUGGACACUUUUCAUCCUCGCACUCGAGAAGUUCAAGAUGAAGCCUGUCAAUGAGAAGCUAUCAUACUUCCAAGUCGCCGGUAUCCACGGCUAUCCUGAGGGUUCGUGGGAUGGUGCUCCAGCCCCUAGGCCAGACCCAACUGACCCCAAGAAGGGAGACCAGCCCUAUGGUGGUUACUGCAAUCAUAACGGCUUGAACUUCCCAACUUGGCAUCGUCCUUACAUGGCACUCUUUGAGCAAUGUAUCUGGGACAACAUGGGUGAAAUACUCAAACACUGGGCUACUGAGCACAAACUGGACGAGGAUGAAAAUGAGAUGAAGUUGUGGACUACUGCCAAGGAUACUUGGCGUAUGCCCUACUGGGACUGGGCUCGACGGCAAAGCUACAAUGAAGACUUUGCCUAUCCCCAAGUCUUGGUACAGGGUCCAGUUCGCAUCUUUGUACCUGAAAAGCUCAAAAAGUAUUACCCUCCCAGCGGACUCUACGCCAACCCCUUCUGGAGCUUCGAAAAUCCUGAAAAGGAUGACAAUGGAAACCCCUGCGAAUUUGGUAAAAUGCCCAGGGGAAAGAGGGACUACAACAUCGAAGAUGACCCUGUCAAACAUCCUGAUGCCCCACCACGACACAAGAAAGACAAACCCUGGAUGCCUUGGAGUGAAGCGACUGCAACCAGUAGAUACGGUAUCUUUGUUAAUAAAAGUGCGGACAGUUUCAUCGGUCUCGAGGGCGUUAACAAUGCUUGGGUAGCCAACAACCACCUUGCAAACAUGACAUGGUAUCCCAUUACAGCCAGACAGAAGGCGGAAGAUAAGAAACACAACAGCAAUUUCUAUCUCAAAUGGAAUCCAGGAACACUUGCUGAUUCAGUCAACCGCAUGUUCUCUCCUCAGUAUAACGAUACCUGGGGCCAAUUCGCCUCAACUAAAUGGACGUACGAGGGUUACGGUAACUCGAUGAAUGGCUUCUUGUCUCUGGAGUACAUUCACAAUAAUGUUCAUAAUAUCGUUGGAGGCUCUGACUUCAAGACGGGCGUGGGCCACAUGAGCGAUGUUCCUGUGGCUGCCUUUGAUCCCAUUUUCUGGCUCCAUCACACCCAAAUUGAUCGUCUUCUUGCCAUCUGGCAGUCACUCUACCCUAAGCUCUGGUGGGAUAAGAGUGAGCCUGGCCAUGGCAACGUUCCCGAUGAAACCCCGGACCACUUUCUUUACCCAUUCCACGACAAGAGCAAACCAUACCCUCCCAAACCAAAGGAUGGUAUCAAGCCGGAAGAAGAUAAGGACUUCUGGACCGCAAACAAGUGCCGUGACUGGACAGUCUUUAAUUACCAGUACGAUGAUCUUAUGGAGCUUUCCCAGAAAGCACUCGGUCCAAAAGGGGAUCUCAACGAGGAAAAGUUUAAGAAGCUUCUUCAAGCCUAUAUCCACAAGACAUACCCUUGUGCGGAACACCUGAUUCGUGACAUCAAGGAGAACGAACACGUUCAUGUCCCAGCCGGACUGAACCCCAAAGUCCCCGGUGUCAGCGAUGGCUCUUGGAAGGACUACAUCAUCAACGUCAGAUACGAUCGCUAUGCUUUAGAUGGACAGUCCUACACCAUCAAAUUCUUCCUCGGUGGCCCCGAAGACCAGGAUGAGACUCACUACGAGCCGCAGAACUUUGUCGGCAGCGUCUACACUUUUGGUGGUGGCUCGCGCAAGACUCGGGAGUCAUGUUCCAAUUGCAAGACCCAAGCUGAUGCAGGCGUACUCUCAUGCGCCCAAGUUCCUCUUACUAUUCAACUGCUCCACCACACCAUUGACUGUGUAAGGGACCACCCCAUUGACACAUUCGACGAUGUUGAAAAGUAUCUCAAAUUACAUCUUCGCUGGAAGGUCUAUGGAUACGGUGGCUUCGAGGUUGACGAGGACGAUCUCGAGCCCUUUUCAAAGACUCAGAUUACAGUAUUGCGGGGUAUUGGUCAGCCUCAUCAUGUACCUGCCCCGGCUCAAGUUUCGAUGUCAGCGCUGAAAUCAUUCAGUGUUGCAGCUGCUGACAUUUCGAUCUCUGCGUCAUCGGAUGUGCCUGCUAAUGAGACGAACGGGUCAGCUCAAGGCACCCCUGUUGCGUUGCCUCCGGACUAUACUCGCAUGGAGUACGAGUCGCUUUCAGCCAUUACUCAUGGCAAGCAGUUGGGCCUGCAGAAUGAUGGAACCUACAGCAUUUCCGGCAACAAUGAGGCUUAG